CAAUCCUCAGCGUUAAAGCAUUGUGUCCCAUUGUGUUUGAGCAGGAAGAGAGUACUGUGGGUUGGAUAGACAACCUUCACAGGAAUAUGAGCUCCUCGGUGCCGUGAGACUUAAGUUAUGACUUUAAUAUGGCUGAUACUGGCCCAUUUUUAACUUCAUGUGUCAUUUUUUACCUGUCGAUUGGUGCCGCGAUAUUUCAAAUUCUCGAGGAGCCCAACUGGAAAUCAGCACGAGACAGAUACAUCCUCGCGAAGGAGAACAUUUUGAAGAACUAUACCUGCCUGACCAAAGAAAACCUGGAUGAAAUUCUGGAGAUAGUGUCUGAAGCCGCAGGCCAAGGUGUCACCAUAACAGGUGAAAUUCACCGGAACACGUGGGACUGGGCCAACUCUGUCAUCUUUGCUUCAACCAUCGUCACUACCAUAGGUUUUGGCAAUGUUGCUCCCAAGACGCAGGGUGGUCGUGUGUUCUGCAUCCUGUACGGCCUGUGCGGGAUCCCUCUGUGUCUGGUCUGGAUCAGUAAGCUGGGUUCUUUCUUUGGAGAUCGGGCCAAACGUCUGUCCGGUAUCCUGUUGCGCAAAGGAGUCUCGGUGAAAAAAGUCCAGUACACCUGCACAGCCUUGUUCCUGCUAUGGGGGCUGUUUGUGCACCUGUUGAUACCUCCGUUUGUCUUCAUGUCUGUGGAAGGAUGGAGCUACCUGGAAGGGAUCUACUAUUCUUUCAUCACACUGACAACGGUUGGUUUUGGAGAUUAUGUUGCUGGUGUAAAUCCAAACAUAGACUACUCCAGACUGUACAGAGUAUUUGCAGAGUUGUGGAUCUACAUGGGCCUGGCCUGGCUGUCACUCUUCUUCAGCUGGAAUGUCCACAUGGUCGUUGAGGCCCACAAGGUGCUGAAGAAAAAAAGGAAACUCAGACACAGACACCCUUACUUUGAUGAUCUCCCUUCUGAUGAGGACAAGCCCGACCCGAAUGUAAAACCAACCACGAUUGAUAUUUUUGACUUCCCUGAAGAAGAAGACUACAGCACAAUUAUCAAAGGGAUCGGAGCCAAGGCUAACGAAAACAUUAACCGCUCUAAGAGCUGCAGUGACAUUGUGAACCACAACAUUCGGACCCUGGAUCACUCGCCUCGGCAUAAACGGAUGAUCAGCAUCAGUGAAGUGUUCAUUAUUGAAAAGACUAAGAAGGACAAGGAUGAUCAAAUAGAGGAGGAGCCUCCAAAACAAGAAAGCUUCACAGACCCUGAUCCCGCAGCAGAUGUGAAGAAGGAAGAGGAGGAGGACAAGAAUAACUGUGUGUUUGACACAGAAACUGAGGGUAUAGUCUUCACAGGACCUAAAAAAGAUGCUGAUGAAGAAGAAAGUGUACAGCAUCCUAAAGGGGGGAGUACAAGGUUUCGAAUAUCCAAGGUACAAGAGGGGCAGUUAACAGAAAAGGAUGAUAAAGGGUAAGAAGACCCCUUUAAACUGCCCUUUACAUCAUACAAAAUGUCAGAACCAGUCAGAAUGUGUCAUUUAAACAAGAAUGUCAUAAUAAGUGUAAAAAAAUGUUAGAUGCUGCAUCUAAUGAUGUAAUUUUCUUGUUAAAUUAAGAUGCUUUACUGUAAUAAAUAUGCACCAUACCUGAUCAAAAUUAUACUUAAACCCUAUAAUGUAAGAUUAAUGACAGUCAAAGGCUCUUUAGUGUGAAUAAAGGGGACAGAACUGAACUGUAAAUCUGUGUCUUUAUCUAAAUACAAAUUUCCAUUUCCAUUGGUGUGAU